ACUCCCUGUUAGUGAAAGUAAAAGAGGUUUUAGAUAGUUUCAUAUAUAUAUAUAACUAUCAUCUUGAGGUCUACAUCAUAUAUACAUAUAUAUGUCAAUUCCACCUUCGCUUCAACAAAGAUCAGCGGCGGCGUCUACGGCACCAACUGGUUUGGCUGAUCCUAGCCAAAUCCAAGCUCAACAAUAUAUUCGACAAAGACAAUUUCAACUUUUACAACAACGAUGGCAAGCAGAACAACUUCACCAACAACAAAUAUUACAACAACAACAACAACAGCAACAACAACAACAACAACAACAACAAGGGCUUUCGCAUCCUCAACAACAUCAACAGCAACCUUCUUUUCAUUCUAUUCCAAUGACUUCCGCCAUGUCCUCCGCAGUUCUUCAUUCUUUACCUCAGCAUACCCAUAUGUCUCAUCCACCUCCUACACCAGUUAACAUGCAAGUAACUAAUAGAACCAUGCAAAAUGGACAUCCUACAGGUCAAGCUGUAUUACGGUUACUACAACUGGGCGACUUUUUAACACCUGGAGAAAAGGCAUUAAAUCGUACAUUUUGGGAUUGGUUUGUUCAUGAUUUUUUCGCCAACGAAGCAAAAUUAUUUUUUGGAGUAUGGAACUCUAUAACCAAAGAGCAAGAACAGUUUGAAAUAUGUCAACCUUUGAUUGCCAGAUUUUUCCAUACACAAUAUGAAUGCCAAGUGACAUCUAUCAAAUUGACUAUGGAUCAAACUAUGGAAUAUAUAUUACCACAAGGGAUGAUGGUGGAAUGCCCUGUAUCUAGUUUUAUCUAUAAGUACACAAAUGAUACCAUGGUGGUUUUGACUGGUCGAACCUCUAUUGUGCUCCGUACUGAUCCUACACUUGGCAAUUUGAAAAUUUUGCAAUGGAAUUUUACUUGUGAUCAUGUGGAAGAAUUUAUAUCAAGAUCUGGUCUUGUUGAUGUAUCUCCUCCUCCAGCACCACCGACUCCUCCUGUGACGACAUCAAAAAAGAAAGGAAAACAACAACAACAACAACAACAACAAGCUAUAACAAUGAAAUCAUUAGGGAAGCAUAUACCAGAUUCACUUGUGAAUGAUUGGGGAUUACCUAAUCGUGUUUACAAUUUACUCAAGAUGUGUAAUGCUAUUUCAAAAUAUGGUGAAGCUGCAUUUAUCUCUUUAUUCUCCUCUACAUUAUCUCAACAACAACAACAUGCUCAAUCAUCAUCAUUCAUGGAAGGAAUCAAAGAAGAAACAAUGUCACCUUCAGCUAUGGAUGGAACCAAUGUAUCCACUUCAACAGUGCCAACCCCGAACAUUACGAAAGCAGAACCUGUCAUUGAUUCACCUACCACCACAAAAAAGGAAGCAAAGAAACCCAAACAAACAAAGAAACGAAAAUCAUCAGCAACAAUAUCGCGUAAAAAUAGCAAAUCAGCAGUAACACCUGUGAACAAUACUUCAAUACAACAACCACCACCAUCAUCAACAGAGAUAAUAACAGGGUCACCAAUGAAUACGGAUACAUUAACACCUCAGCAACGAUCGUCUAUCCUUUUACAGCAACAGCAGCACAUCUUCCAAUUACAGCAACAACAACAUUUGCAACUACAACAAACAACUCCUCAGAGUCCAUACCCUCAAGGCCAUUCUCCAUAUCCAACAUCCGCCACAUCUACACCUAUCGUUUCUGCAAACAAUAUGUUAUCUUCCUCCUCUGCUACACCGAAUCAACCCUCUUACUUGUCUACUCCAACAACACCCAAUCAACGCAAACGAAAAAUGAUGGCUCAAGAUGAAUCGAAAUGACAAAACUAUUAUUUCACAUUCUCCUCCUUUUUUUUCCCCUCAUGUUUGUGUGAUGUAUACAUAUACAGCAAUAUAUAUAUAUAUAUAUCUUUUAUCCUUUUCUCUCCUUUUUUUUUUUCUUCUCCACUUAUUUGUAUGUAUUAUUUUUUUUUUCUUCUCUGAUGAUAUAUAUAUAUUAUUCUUUACUCUCUGUCCAUAUACAGCUUAUUGUUUUCUUUCACUAUUUUUUUUUUUUUAUCAUUGAUUCAUAUCUUCUGCAAUCCCAUUCUAUCAUUUUGUUAAUCUCUUUGCUCUCUCCUCUCUCCUUAUUCUCAUCCUCCAAUUUGAAAUAAACAAACAAAGCAAAUGUUUC